CCAAACAAGAAGAGGAGGAGGAGUCCUGACAUCAGCUGACGAACAAACAACCAUCCGGAGUCUUCCUGCAGCUGCUCGGACCCUCCGGACCUCCAUCAGCAUCAGCACCAACUCUCCUCCUCCUCACCGGGUACCAGCCUCCAUCAUCCGGCCAUGUCGCCCCGCAGGUUCUUCGUGGGAGGGAACUGGAAGAUGAACGGGAACAAGGAGAGUCUGGAGGAGCUCAUCACCACCUUGAACACCGCCAGCCUGGACGAUCAGACCGAGGUGGUGUGUGGCGCUCCCUCCAUCUAUCUGGACUUUGCUCGGUCCAGCCUGGAUCCCAGGAUCGGUGUCGCAGCCCAGAACUGCUACAAGGUGGCCAAGGGAGCGUUUACAGGGGAGAUCAGUCCGGCCAUGAUAAAGGACUGCGGGGUGGACUGGGUGAUCCUGGGACACUCUGAGCGUCGGCAUGUUUUUGGGGAAGGUGACGAGCUGAUCGGUCAGAAGGUGGCUCACGCUCUGGAGAGUGAUCUGGGUGUGAUCGCCUGCAUCGGGGAGAAGCUGGAGGAGCGUGAGGCCGGCACCACAGAAGAAGUCGUCUACGCUCAGACGCAGGUCAUCGCAGAGAAUGUGAAGGACUGGGGCAAAGUGGUGCUGGCGUAUGAACCUGUGUGGGCCAUCGGUACAGGCAAGACCGCUUCACCUGAACAGGCUCAGGAGGUCCACGAGAAGCUGAGGGCGUGGCUCAGAGCCAACGUGUCGGACGACGUGGCCGACUCUGUGCGCAUCAUCUACGGAGGUUCGGUGACGGGAGCUAACUGCAGAGAGCUGGCGUCUCAGGGCGACGUGGACGGCUUCCUGGUGGGCGGAGCCUCUCUGAAGCCGGAGUUUGUCGACAUCAUCAACGCACGCGCGUAACGGGAAAAACACAAAGCGUUCCGACGGGGACCAAUGAGAAACACCCUCACCCUGUUUAGAUCUGUCACCUCGCGUCUGCAAACUGGGCCGACUGAUCCACAGACGGACACGUUAGAGAAGGUUUUAUUUUGAAAAAUAAAUGUUGGUGCAAUCAAUUCAAAGUAUACAUCAGUCAUUAUUAGUAUGUUUUUACUUUUUAUUAAGGUCAGUUCCUGUUAGUGUUGUGAUCGUCCAAAAUAUGAAAUUUUACAAGCGUACCUCAUGUUUUCAGAUGAUUUCAUGUCCCGUGUUACAGAGGUUCAGAUUUCCAGAUGACUUUUUCCUGCUUAAUUUCAUUAUUUAACAGAUGGAACGAGACAGUUUAGAGAAGCGAGAAAAGAUACAUAUGUGUGGAAAUGACAGAUAUUUCUUCCAGCAGACGAUCAGUCAGCCCAGGUUGUUUUGUGCGUUUGAUAACAGUGUUGUAACGUCGUAUUAAUGAUGCACUCUCUCUCUCUCACUCACUCAGCUGCACUCACUGUUACUUCAGGGCUCUUGACAAUAAAAGCUCUGGACAGAAUGUACUUAAAGAUAUUAAUAUGAUAUAAAUCUAUCUUUCUGCUGGUAGUCGGGGACUUUUAUUGUGAAGUUGUCACCACUAAAGCUUGAUGUAGUUUAAGCACUCUGCUGCUGUGUGUUUAAACACUGGACGGCGUGUGUUCAUGACAUUAGUAAGGAGGAUGUUACUAAUGUGAGAACUGAAUAAAUAAAUCAAUCAAAUGUGGAAAGAGG